CGUCCACCCAACGCUUGUCCCCCAUCUUUGCGUUGCGGCAUGGAGACGCUGCCGUCCUACUUCCCCCUCGCAGAAGUGCCUUUUUGAUUAAGGUUUGAUCUUCCAUCGACUUCGGAAUCCUCUCCGCGCAUCGAACCGAAAGCUAUGUUCCAAUCAUUCACGGGUAACUCCCGCCGUCCCCGGCAAGUUAAUCUCGGAGCUCGCAAUACCAACCCAUUCGCCGCAUUUCCCCCCGGACGCCAGAACCCCCAUGGUCCCGGCCCGCAGAAUACUCUGGCCAUCGCACAGCAAGAGCGACUCCUAAGGCAGCAGGAAAGAGAACGACUCGGUGCUAGUCGGGUGGUCCAGCGGACAUGGCGGGGUUAUCGGAGCAGGAAGAUAACGCGGGAGAUAUGGCGAUCCGAGUGGGAUGCAGCUGAGGCGCGGAGGGUUCCAGGUGCUCCGUCGUUCGACGAGCUGGCCAAGAGUGUGGAUGGUGUCAUGCCACCCCCUAUUGCAUACGGAACGGCGGCAGAAUGCUGGGCACAGUUGCGGUUGCUGGUUCAGUUCCUGGAGCCGUGGAACAGCGGUGAUAUCGCUCGUCUGGUGGUGUUUUCUGGUCCCUUUCAGAAAACAUGGCAGGAACUGCCGACCAUUGCCACGGAGGGGGAAUGGAUGACUCCGCUGAAGCGUCUGGCACAGCUGACUCUGCGCAUGCUCCACGCCGCUCCCUCGUCGACGAUGCCGGCGUUUGCGAUGCGUCCUUUGCUGGAGCUGUUGGGAUUCCUCACGGGCCUAAUACCCAAGGAAGUGGCACGAUCCGCCCGAGGAUACUAUACUGUCAUGGCCCACCUCACCCAGAAUGUGGAGGGCAUCUCCCGCAGGUUCGCUCUGUCUACGGAGGAUCUAGUGCAAAGCGUGCUGGCUCUGUUGCGACCGAUCACGUCGGAGACUCUCACGGCCUAUGAAUGGUUUGCCAGGAGCUACCUGACUAUCCCCGACCUGAUGACCCAUCUCAAGUCGCUGGAUGACCUGGCAAACAACAUCAAUUACAAACUGCUUACGUCCGCCCUGGGACCUCUGCAGUCGCAGUUCAGAGAGCGGCCCCAUGACUCGGACGAUGUAGAGUCCCGCCUCUGGCUGCUUGCCCACUUCAUUUUCUUCCACCGAUAUGCUCUGGGCGGCCAAGCCGGACUUCAAGCCCCAGAACCCGGUUUUGUUCGAGUGGUGUCUGAACUGCUGAAUUCCACGGCUGUGCAUAUCUCGCGGCGAUUGGACAAUGAAGAUGCCUCCGAGCUUGAUGAUUCCCCCCAGAGAGCUCCAUUGCACCCAUUUGUCAAGGACCAGCUUGUCAGCCUUGUCAACCAGACGAGCAUCACCGGCCUCCUUUCGCAGCUUCAGUCUACGCAUCUAUCCCAAGGGGAUCUGGCUGACGUACAGUCGGACGCUUCGCGGGAGGCCAAGAUCCUGGCCACGUAUGCUUUAACCCUUCUGCGAGUGUUUCCCCGUCGCGGUGACGAUAUCCGCAUGUGGCUAUACUUGGGGUCCGCCAAUUCGAGCGACCAAGUCGGGGGUCUCUCGGGAUCGCGAAUCCCUGCCAUCAAAUACUUCUGGCAUGCAUCUCGGUCUAGUAGGAUAUUUGCAUCUAUCAGCCACGACUCGACAAAAGUCUUGCCCCUGUUGAAGCCUGCCGCGGACUCGACCGAUGCUAGGUUGUCGGCCAUUUCUCAGGAUGAGAGAGACGAGGAAUGGACUAUCAUUCUACUCUUCCUCGAAUUAUAUACGUUUGUUCUCAAAGUGAUGGACGACGAGGAGUUCUUUUCGAGCGAGUCGUCGUUUACUGCCUCUUCGAACACGCGCGUGUCCUGGACCAAGGAGAGUGCCCUCCCACUCCACGAUAUUAAGGACAUGACGGUGUUUCUCAAGAACCUGGCGUUUACUUUGUAUUGGAACUCGGCGGACUUGAAUGAGCAUGAACCCACCCAGGAACCCGGCAGUAUUCGCAGUUACUUCAGCUCUUUAGUUCCGCCCUCCGAUUCCAUCACAAGUGUUCGGGAUCUGGAAAUGAAGAACAAAGAGAAGGGUCUGGCAGGAGUGACUGGCAUUCCGCUUGAUUAUUUCAAGGGCCUAGUCACGGGUCUACUGAGAAUGAUUCAUGAGCGUGAUUCGAGACGUAAAUUCCUUCCCGACGGGCAUUGGCUGAUGACGAAUCGCUUUGACAUGGAGGGAUUCAUCCCCGCCGUCGUUGCCGAAGAAGAGAACAGACACCAGCUUCAGGACGAGGAUGACGAGGAUGAGCCGGACGACUUGAUGGGUGACUCCCUCUACGAGCCUUCCCCGGGACUGAUCGGUACCGGUCGCGCCCAGCAAACUCGUCGGAUUGAGGCCCUGCGACGGCGCCAGCAGCAGGCUACUCGGAGAAAGCAACUGGAGGCCGUAGCCCCGAGACUGGAGAUCCUGAGGAACAUGCCUUUCUUCAUUCCUUUUGCCACCCGAGUUCAGAUAUUCCGAGAGUUUAUCUUUCGGGAUCAAAUGCGUAGGCGACAAGGCUUCAUUGAUCCGGAUUCGUGGCGCAUGUCCGUGGCCCAAGCAUCUAUGGGCCGCAUGAUCGACGGGCGUCCUGCCGUGCAGGAUAUCUUGGGUCGGCAUCAUGCGAACAUCCGACGCGAGCGCGUGUUUGACGACGCCUUUGACCAGUUUUACGAGUUAGGCGAGGGUCUCAAGGAGCCGAUCCAGAUUACGUUCAUCGACAAGUUCAACACGACCGAGGCGGGAAUCGACGGCGGCGGCGUAACGAAAGAAUUUCUCACCAGCGUAACCAACGAGGCUUUCAAAUCCACGAGUGCACUCACGCUGUUUGAAGAGAAUGAUCAGCACCUGCUCUACCCAAACCCGGCCGCCGUUGAGCAGCGCAGAGAGCUCCUGAGACGCACCGGCUUCAUCGAAAACAGCGCGGAAUGGAGUGAUCAGGUUCGUGAUCUGCUCCGACGGUAUGAAUUCCUGGGCCGGGUCAUCGGGAAGUGUCUCUACGAGGGCAUCUUGGUUGAUGUCAAUUUCGCGUCAUUCUUUCUCCUGAAAUGGGCCCUGACCGGCGGCACGGGGUCGGCACAGAAGGAGACAGCCUACCGCGCCAAUCUCAACGACCUGAAGGAUUUGGACCAGGGGCUUUACCAGGGAUUGCUGCAAUUGAAAAACUACCCCGGAGAUGUGGAAGACUUCUCCCUGAACUUCACGGUCAGCGACACAAUUUCUCUGCCAGAUUCGACCAGUCGCACCAUCACGAGAGAUCUGAAAAGCCACGGAUCCGAUAUUCCCGUGACGAAUCAAAACCGGCUCGUGUAUAUUUCCUACAUCGCCCGGUACCGUCUUCAGGUGCAACCGGCUCUCCAAACCAAUGCCUUCCUUCAAGGUCUGGGCCAGGUCAUCCAGCCCUCGUGGCUAUCCAUGUUCAACCAGUCGGAACUACAGACGCUGGUUAGCGGCGAGUCGGGGGACAUCGACGUCUCGGACCUCCGACGCCACACGCUGUACGGCGGGGUAUACACCAUCGGCGACGAUAAAGAAGAGCACCCGACGGUCAAACUGUUCUGGGAGGUCAUGGAGAAGAUGACCAACGAGGAACGGCAGAAAGUGCUACGCUUCGUGACGUCCACGCCUCGGGCCCCGUUGCUAGGAUUCGGACAUCUCAACCCGCGGUUCAGCAUCCGCGACUCCAGCGAGGAUCAGGAACGACUGCCCAGUACGAGUACGUGUGUAAACCUUCUCAAGCUCCCUCGUUAUAGCAGCGCCAUCACACUGCGGGAGAAGCUUCUCUACGCGGUCAACUCGGGGGCGGGAUUUGAUUUGAGUUGAAACUGAGCGGGUGGGAGGGGGACAUGGAUGGCACAUAGAACUGGAGGGAAUGCAAGGGAUUUUGAUUUUAGAAUGAGGCGAACCCUCCGAAGUGCAUAGCCGAGGCGCCAUUUGGGGAGGUGUCUGUCUGUCUGUAACUUG